AUGACAUCAUUAGAAAAACUAAAUAAAAUCACAUCUGAGAUAAAUUCACAAGAUGAAUUACAAUUAUUAGAAGAAAUCAAUAAUUCAAUUAAAAAUCUUGAUCAAAUUCGAAAAUCUAAAAUUAAUGAAUUAUCAACUAGAACAACAACAUUAACAAAUCAAAUAAAUAUAAUAACUAAAGAAAUAAAUGAAUUAAAUCGAAUAAAUGAUGAAAAUUAUUCAAAAUUAUCAAUUCCUGAAACUUCACCUAUUAGAAAAUCAUCAAAUAUAUUUCAUAUAAUUCUGAUUAAAAAACAAGAAUUGGAUAAUUUAAAAGUUGAAAUUAUUAAAGAAUCUCAAUUAUUACAUACUUCAAUAAGUAAUUUAACUUUAGAAGAAAGAAAUUUAAUUAAUAAAUUAAAUGAAUUAAUUGAAAAAAUUAAUAGAAUCGAUGAAGAUAAUUCAAAAAUUGUAUCUGAACAAGAUCCUUCAAUGUUAAAAAUUAAUCUAUAUAAAAAUUUAGGUAUUAAAUUAGAAACUGGUAAUAGUCAUAAUAGUGAUGAUGGAGAUAAUGAUGAUAUGAUGAUUAUUACAAAUCAAGAUGAUAAUACUUCAAAUAUUCUUAAAGUUGAACCAAAAUUAAGUGAUUUUUUUAUAUCAAAUUAUAUUUGGGAUAAACUAUAA